AUGGAAAUGAUGCUUUUCGGCGAGAUGAGUUGGCAUCAUCGACUGUGGCUGCUGCUGGUGAUCGGUUUUGGAUGGAUAGCUGUAGGAACAUGUGCAGAUAGUUCCGAUUUUUCUGUCAAUAGUCAGUUUCCUAGGUUAUUUGAAUACGAUGAAUUUGAAAUCUGUCGAAGCAAAUAUCGAGAGCAGUAUGUCUACUGCAUAGUGCGAGCUCGAAUCGUUCCGGAUGAUGGAUCACCGCUGUGGAAGAACAUAAGCGUCUACUCCGAGGACAGCCGCCAUUAUGAUCAUCGGGUUUUGGAACGCGGAAUGUGCGUCCAAAACUAUGAAUCAUCACUGCAGAGGGACGUCUUUGAGGGUCAUACUUACUCAGAUCUUUUCCGAGCUGUCAUAAACCAACGCUUGAAAAUGAACUUCGGUUUGCAGGUCGAACCCGACGUUCAAAUUUACCACUGCUACAGCAAAGACAACGAGAUACCUCCUUAUGAUUCAUUAGAAAUACUCUUCAUGAUAAUCAUCGUCAUACUAGCCGCAUUGGUGUGCUACUCCACUGGCUUUGACCUAUCGAUCCAAUCGAGCCAGCGCUUUCCGGAGAACUACUUUACCAAACAGCACAAAACGAGUCGUGAACGUCUGUUUACCUCCUUCUCUAUACCGCGAAACAUUCGCCGCCUGAAAGAUCCAGUUACUUCAGGAAUUCGCCAGGAGUUAACCUUCCUCGAGUCAUUCCGCUUCAUCCAGAUGCAUCGAGUCGUCACGUUGCACAUCGUUUUGGCAUUGGUCAAGGCUCCCAAGGACAACCCCGAGCAUUUGGAGCACUUGCUCCACCAACCGCUGAUCAUACACUACAUAGCAGAGUUCCAAAACUACGUGCAAACUUUCUUCUCCAUCUCUGGAAUGCUGCUCACUAUCAACUUCCUGGAGCACAUUCGCAAAAACCCACAGUUCAAUCCGCGAUACUUUUGGGAACGGAUCCGAGCUCGGCUGUACCGCAUCAUCCCCGCUUAUCUGUUCAUCCUCCUGCUGGAAACAUCCAUAAACCGUCGAUUCAUGAAUGGACCCCUUGCCCACCACAUGAUCGGACAUGCCCGUGAAAGAUGCCGCCAGAGGUGGUGGAAUAACCUGCUUUUCCUGAACAACUACAUCGGAACGGAUCAACCGUGUCUCAUUCAAACAUGGUACUUGGCUGCAGAUAUGCAACUCUUCAUCUUAGCACUCGGAUGCCUGAUGGUCAUAUGGCGCUGGCCGUUUUUAAAAAAGUACAUCCUUAGCGCAGGAUUUGCCUGGGGCAUCCUUACCACCAUCCUCGUGGCCUACGCACGCAACCUCCCACCGGUCAUGACCGAAGAUCUGAAACUCUACGAAGAGUACAACUUUGGGCACCAGUACUUCCAGCUCUACGAACCGUUCCACAUGAACAUCACAAUUUACUUCGCCGGUAUGAUCGCUGGUUUUGUGUAUCAUCGGUUCCGGGAGUCCCGCAAAGAGUUCCACACUAGCAGCCUACAAUUCUGCCUGCUUCUGCUGACCGUUUUCCUUUACUUCUUCACCACUUUUACGGACUCAUGGGUCGUUCGGAACCAAUCCAUGAUCGCUCCGAUCCUGCUGGCUAUUUACAACAGCUGUUUCAAGCACGCCUGGGGUUUACUGUGCACCAUGAUCCAGCUACGAACAGCACUCGCGGCCAGUUGGUCCCGCUUCCGAUCCUUCUUCAGCCAUCCGAUCUUCGUAGUGCUCGGAAAGCUGUGCUACAGCUUCUACCUGAUCCACCUGACCGUGAUCGUGCAGGUUGUGGGCUCAGUCAAGCAACCGAUCCACUUCAGUGUCAGGGGAGUGUUCGAGUUCAUGAUGCCCACCUUCAUGUGGAUGCUGUUGUAUGGAACGCUCCUCUGCAUUUUGAUCGAGCUGCCUUCGAAUUUUGCCCUGAGGGAGUUCUUCGAGUCCAAACCGGAUGAAAAACCGGCUACGAUUGAUCGGAAAAACUCCCGCUCUUCGGAAGCGGAAAUGAAUGGAAACACACAGCUCAAGACACUCAGCAACAGUAAUUGA